AUGGCCGAUGCCGGCGAAAUGCUUAUGGGUCCACUCGGCCGGGAACUGCUUUGGGCUUAUUGUUUCGCUCUUGAUGUCGCUGUCGCGGACGUUGGCAAAGAUGUCCUGGCUCUCAUUGGCCUCGUUUAUAAGUAUCUUCAGCGCGGUUAUGAUUGCUAUGAUCGCGAUCGGCAUUCAGAAACCAGGAGCUGUUACUACUGCUGUCAAUCACCCGAGCCUGGUAACCGGAGUGACUUCGGCCUUGAAUAUCGCCCUAUCCUAUGCCACCAGAGGAAGUCAAGUCUGACCAAACAUAGCGAGCCAUAA